CUGAGGAGAACCUACAUGAAUACCAGUUCUCCUGUGCUGGGUUUGGGCUAUCAUCUCACCCCAAGUAACGGCUGGAACUGGCUCCUCUAACGGGAACGAGAGAAGUCAGAGAAUGACUUUGUUUCUCCAAACCACCGGUAUCUUUGCUUCAGAAAAAAUAGGAGUAGAAAAGAAAGCUCCAGAGCCCAUCAGCGCACGGCUUUGCGGGCGGGCGUCGACUUGGUCCGACGGCUCACUCGCAUCUGUGAUUCGCGCCUGGGCACGCUUUUGCCACAACACCAAAAAACCAAACCAUGCUCCGCCGCGCGGUCUCCUUGCUAAGUGGGCGCGCAGCCUGGCUCCGCCGCCAGCCGGUGACUGCCGCGGCAACAUUGAUCCGCCGCCACCCGGAGACCCGUCUCGGCGCCGUCGACGCUCGUGGCUACCGGCGCAUGGCGCGGCGGAUCCCACCCGCGAGGCCUGACGGCUACUCCACCUCUGACGGCGAGGACGACGAGGUCCUUGAGCCGGCCGCCGCCGCCGCGGACGGCGAGGAGGAGGAGGACGAAGACGACGAGGAGUUGGAGGGGUUCACGCUGGACCUCAAAACCGGAACUAUCGAGGACGCUUUCGAGGACGAUGAGGAGGAGGAGGAGGGCCAUAAGUAGCGCGAGGAAGGUGUUCGUGGAAAUGACUAAGAGGAGAAGCUGUCCCUGCACAGGCUCGUUUACAUGCUCGCUGCUUUCAUAGUUUGAUUCUCGUUCGCACUGAAUGUUAAUUUCUUUGUAGCAUGCCCCGUACUUUUGGUGGUAUUUGUAGCUUUGAUGAGCCUUUGGCAAUUGACAUCGUGGUAGACUGGUACUAGUACUUUUGGUUCUAUUGUGGUAUUGAACUGAUUUUAAGAGCUUCA